AUGAAGAUGAGCAACAGCAAUUUGGGAAGUUCAAAGAGGAAGCUAAUUUCAAGCAGAGGACUCGGAGGAGUUCUUAGGCAGCAAAGAGCCAGACUUUACAUAAUCAAAAGAUGUGUGGUCAUGCUCCUUUGUUGGCAUGAUUGAAUUAAAUUAAUUAAAC